AUGGUACGACCAAACAAUAGUGACCGAACACCCCAAUACACUGCGACUCAGUCUGGAACGGAAGUUAUGCGUGGACAGAACCACGAGCGAAAGCGACAGUUUGGCAUGGGCAUGGGCAUGGGUAUUGGGGUUGGGGGAUGGUGGUUGCGGACGACGUUGACGACAGUGCUGCUGUUGUCAUGUGCAAUUGGAAGCAGUAAUGCGGCGGAUAUGGCAUAUUGCUCUAGUCUCAAUACUGCUGCAAGCUCAUCACCAAUGACCGAUACAUUCCAGAGUAAUGGCCUCUGUACCAAUUACUGUGAAGCCGAUUAUGCCUUUGCUAUUCUCCAAGGCUCAAAAUGUUGGUGUUCAAAUUAUGCACCAUCUUCAACAACCACAGGCUGUACUCAAGCAUGCCCUGGAUACGGACAAGAAACAUGUGGAAGUGUCACGAAGAACGUUUUCGGCUACAUCGCUCUUUCAAAUGUUCCACCGAGUGGCACCGUUGGCUCCUCUUCAUCGGUGAGAACUACCUCGAAUCCUCCUUAUAUAAUUUCUUCCUUCUCCCUCCAAAUCUCUACGGUUAUCGAAGCUGGACCUACCCGGACGAUCAUAAUCACUGCGUCUUCGACAUCAUCAUCAUCAACAAGUACAACAUCUGCACCAACUACUACAACUACUUCCACCACUAGCUCUAGCUCUACUUCCACAACCGAAACCCCUAGUCUUUCCGUUAUAACCUCAGUCGGAGGUGUCCGAACGGUUACUUAUAUACCUGAGACAACAGCAUCAGCAACUGCGACAGCAGAGCCAUCCGCGAGUGGUGAUAACUUCUUCUCACAACCCGGACGCGUUGCAGGUGUUUUCGUUGGUGUUGCUCUUCUGGUUAUUGCUAUCGUUGGGGCACUUAUGGUCUUCUGCUACCGUAGAAAUAAACAAAGAAACUCAAUGCAUGGUGGUCCAGAGGCUGCUGUUAUCCCCGCCGGCGGCGCAGGUGUUAUGGCUGGUAGUCGUCGGAGGUCUCGCUCUUUGAGCACACUGGGUCUAAUGGGAGAGAAAGGAUUUCACUCGGUAGAUACUGCGCCCUCAACAGGCCCGCCCAACAUGGCAGGAUUGAAUGGGGUGGGAACCGCUGCAAGAGGACCUGAUGGAACCAAAUUGGUCGAUCAACGGCUUGAUCCUAGCCAGCUAUACCUGCGAUACGAUCCCGAUACUGGAAGUUCACGGAUGAGUGUGAGGAGUUUGAGAGACGACGCUGAUUAUUCGAGACGGGUCUUGCGGCUGGCAAAUCCUGACGAUUAG